AUGGAACCAGCCCGCCUCCUACACUACCGGAGUCGGGGAUGGGAAGAAGCACUGGAGGCAGCUAGAGAUUUCGUCGGCCAACUGACACUUGCGGAGAAGGCUGGCAUGAUUACGGGUACCACGGGUCCCUGCAUGGGCGAUAUAGCACCUAUUAGCCGUCUCAACUUCACUGGCCUCUACCUGCAAGAUAGACCGCAGGCGAUCCGCGACGCCCCCUUUGUGUCUGUUUUCCCGGCUCAGCUGUCCGUAGCAGCAUCCUGGGACCUCUCGCUCGCCCAUCAGCAUGCGCUCUAUAUGGGCACGGGGUUUCGUGCCAAAGGCGCCCACGUCGUACUGGGCCCAGUCGCCGGCCCGCUUGGGCGAUCUCCCUUUGGCGGGCGUAACUGGGAGGGCUUCAGUCCGGACGCCUACCUCUCAGGCGAACUCGUCGCAGUAACCGUCCAAGGGAUCCAGAGCGCGGGCGUUCAGGCAGCGACGAAGCAUUACAUCGCCAAUGAGCAGGAGAUUCAGCGGAAUCCCACCUUUAGCGCCAAUCGAACGAUCAUCGAGGCGAUCAGCUCCAACAUAGACGACAAGGGCUAUGUUGUGUCCGACUGUUUCGCUGCGCAUGCUGGCGUGCCAUCCGCCAACGCCGGUCUGGACAUGAACAUGCCUGGUAGCAUGAAUUUCCUCGGGAAAUCGGCGUCGUACUUUGGUGAGAAUAUCACCGCGGCCGUUAACAACGGAUCACUUUCGAGCGACCGGCUGGAUGACAUGGUCGUACGAGUCCUGAUCCCGUACUUCCAUCUAAAACAAGAUAAGGACUAG